AAUUUAGUAUCACUACUAACUUUCUUAAUUUCGUCUCUAAAGAACUUUCUUAACUUCUUAGUUUAUUCGACAUAUCUUAUACUUUUUCAACAUAUCUUAUACUUAGGUAUGCAUGUAGCCUAUUUAUAUAUGUUUGCAUACUCCAUAUGCUUGUGUAUUUGCAAUGUAUUUGUUGCUUUCCUUGCAUUUGCAUAGGCUAUUCCGUCUUUGAUAUCUUUUCAAUCAAAUAAUAUGAUUAUGAAAACGGUUUUGUUUUUAGUUUUGUUUUUACAUGAUCACAACGUUUUUGGUACAGUGACAAAUUUUGUACUAUUAUUUCUCACAUUAAGCAACCAACUCAUCUCCCCCCUUUUAAUCCUCAAAGUAGUUUUCUGGUUUCUUAUAUGUUAUCUAUAACUGAUACAUAUGCACCUGAACACAAGUAUACCCCUUGGCAGUUCCAUUUUAAGGACACUAGUGGUUUGGUAGCUCUGAUACAUGGUUACUCCAAAAUUCAUGUCCGACUUGUAUGUAUCGGUACCGUACGCGUAUCAUAUUGUUUGAUAAUUGAGAGAGAUUGGCACUGCUGGAAAAUCGACAUGGCUUCAGAAGAUUCAAGAUUUGUUAGAUUUGAAGGUGAUCAUCUUGAAUUAGCUAAACUAACAUCACCUAAUGGUGACAAUGGAAUCAAGUUCAACGAAAAACAUGUUGCUCCUAGAGUAUUAUCAAGAGUGUUCUCGGAAGACUACAAGAGAGUGAAAAGAAGAAGAAGAAUAUUUGAUCCUAGGGGACAAACCAUUCACCAAUGGAACAAGAUUUUCUUGGUAGCAUGUUUAAUUUCUUUGUUUGUGGAUCCUCUCUUCUUUUAUUUGCCAAUAGUUCAAGAUGAAGUGUGCAUUGAUAUUGGAAUAGCAGUUGAAGUUUUCCUCAUAAUUAUUAGAUCAAUUGCGGACGUCUUUUACGUCAUUCACAUUUUCAUGAGGUUUCAUACGGCAUAUGUUGCACCUUCUUCUAGGGUUUUUGGGAGAGGAGAACUUGUUAUAGACUCUUCUAAGAUAGCAUCAAGGUACUUGCAUAAGGGUUUCUUCUUGGACUUUAUUGCUGCCCUGCCCCUUCCUCAGGUGUUAAUUUGGAUUGUCAUACCUAAUCUUGGAGGCUCAACCAUUGCAAACACAAAAAAUGUCCUUAGGUUCAUCAUCAUUAUCCAAUAUUUGCCAAGGCUAUUUCUCAUUUUUCCACUUUCUUCACAAAUUGUAAAAGCUACAGGAGUUGUGACAGAAACAGCAUGGGCAGGAGCUGCUUAUAACUUGAUGCUUUACAUGUUGGCCAGUCAUGUUUUAGGGGCUUGUUGGUAUCUUCUAUCAAUUGAAAGACAAGAAGCAUGCUGGAAGAGUGUUUGCAAACUGGAGGAGUCAUCUUGUCAAUUUGAUUUUUUCGACUGCAACAUGGUUAAAGAUUCCCUCAGGGUAUCAUGGUUUGUAACAAGUAAUGUCACAAAUUUAUGCUCACCAAAUUCUCUCUUUUAUCAGUUUGGUAUAUAUGGUGAUGCAGUGACAUCCAAAGUUACAACCUCUGCAUUCUUUAAUAAGUACUUCUUUUGUCUCUGGUGGGGCCUAAGGAAUCUGAGUUCUUUGGGACAAGGUCUUCUUACUAGCACUUUUGUUGGAGAAAUAAUGUUUGCCAUUGUUAUUGCAACCCUUGGAUUGGUUCUUUUUGCAUUGCUCAUUGGUAAUAUGCAGACAUACCUACAAUCGACAACUGUCCGGUUAGAAGAGUGGAGAGUCAAAAGAACUGACACAGAACAAUGGAUGCAUCACAGACAACUACCUCAAGAACUAAGACAAUCCGUGCGUAAGUACGAUCAAUAUAAAUGGAUAGCUACACGAGGCGUAGAUGAAGAAUCUCUUCUCAGAGGACUUCCAUUGGAUCUUCGAAGAGACAUUAAACGCCACCUUUGUCUUGAACUAGUUCGAAGAGUUCCACUGUUUGAUGCAAUGGAUGAGAGGAUGCUAGACGCAAUAUGCGAAAGACUAAAGCCUGCACUAUGCACCGAGAAUACUUAUCUAGUUCGUGAAGGCGAUCCUGUGAACGAGAUGCUAUUCAUAAUAAGAGGAAAUCUUGAUUCCUACACAACGGAUGGAGGCCGCACUGGUUUCUUCAACUCAUGUCGUAUUGGCCCAGGUGAUUUUUGUGGCGAGGAGCUUUUGACAUGGGCGUUGGAUCCACGACCGACUAUGGUAAUUCCUUCUUCGACUCGAACGGUUAAAGCCAUAUCUGAAGUAGAAGCCUUUGCACUUAUAGCAGAAGACUUGAAGUUUGUUGCAUCUCAGUUUAGAAGGUUGCAUAGCAAGCAAUUGAGGAACAAGUUAAGGUUUCACUCGCACCAAUGGAGAACGUGGGCUGCUUGUUUUAUACAAGUUGCAUGGAGAGUACGAUACAAGAAAAGAAAGGUAGUUGUUGAAAUGGCAGUCGAUGUUGAGUGUGACUCAUAUUCACUCAAGUGUAUGCAAUUUAAGAGUAAACUUGUAAAUUAAAUCCUAGUAUUUAAACAAUGCAUUGUGCUUUUUAACUCUUAAGAAUUGCAUGCUCAAAGUUUAACA